UUAAGAACUGAAUUUCAUAAUUUCACAUAAAGGUUUUGAUUGUGUACCUCAAUAAAACCUUUAAAAACCAACUAUUGCAUUGAAGAAGAUCCGAAUUCCGCCUUGACUAAUUAAAAUUAUAUAUAUCUCCUCUAAUUGUUACAAUUUAAUUUAAUUUUAUUUUUUUUCGGUGUAAGAGAGCAAUUAUUACUGGUUGUCUUCCAACGAAACCAUGGCUUCAGAGACUCGUAAAGUUGUAGUUCAUCUCAGAGCCACAGGUGACGCCCCUAUUCUCAAGCAGGCCAAAUUCAAGAUUUCUGGGACUGACAAGUUCGUGAAAGUGAUUGAUUUUCUCCGCCGGCAACUUCACAGGGAGACAUUGUUUGUGUAUGUUAACAGUGCCUUCUCGCCAAAUCCAGAUGAGUUGGUGAAAGAUCUGUACAAUGAUUGUGGUGGUCAUGGAGGAGGCGUAGUGGUGCGAAUGGGUGAAGGAACUGGUGGAUGGCAUAUGAAUGUUUAUGAGAAGAUAGAUUCAUGGGCGAAGGGUGGUGGGAAUAUUACAAUUCCAAUUAAACCAAAACGACACCGCACUCCUUCACCAAACAACAUCGCACGUAUAUAA